CCCACUAGCUGUUGAACAACAGGACCGCUAUCAGUAUAUCAAGGUUUCCCUUGUUCUGAGUUUUUAAGUAUGGCUGCGCUGUUGCUCCGCAGCGGUCCGGCACUUCUCAAAAGAAUACACGGAUGUCUGCUGAAGCCCAGAGAGUUCAGCCGCGUCGGCGCAAACACCGCGCACUCAAAUUCUGUGACAGAAGCAACGCUAAAAGAAGCGGAGCCCCCAAGUCGGAUCCCUGGAUCGAGUAUCCUGCAGUCUUUGGCAAGGGUUUUUCUGCAAGGAUACUUCCGGAAAAUGCACGAAUUACAGAUUUAUGAAAAGAAGCUGUAUGGUCCAAUGUGGAAAACUACACUGGGACCCUAUAAACAUGUAAAUCUGGCCAGUGUGGAGUUGAUCGAGGAGUUGAUGAGGAAGGAUGAAAAAUAUCCAAGAAGAGCAGAUAUGUCUAUCUGGACGGAUCACAGGGAUAUUAGAGACCUUGGAUAUGGACCAUUUACUGUAGAGGGGGAAAAAUGGUACAAUCUACGAGCAAUUCUGAACAAUCGUAUGCUGCGUCCAAAAGAUUCUGCCCUAUACGAAACAGUAAUAAAUGAUGUGGUUACUGAUUUUAUGAAACGGAUUUACUACGUGAGAGGGACAAGCUCCACUGGAGACAUGGUCCACAACAUGGCAAAUGAGCUGUACAAGUUUUCUUUGGAAGGUAUUUCAAUGAUCUUGUUUGAAUCUCGGAUUGGUUGCCUGGAAAGUCAGGUCCCUGCUGAUACACAAGCGUUUAUAAACUCAAUUGCAAAAAUGAUGUCCUACAGUGUGUUUAUUUCCAGUCUGCCAAAAUGGACACGACAAGUCUUGCCAUUCUGGAAACACUAUGUUGCAGGAUGGGAUGGAAUCUUUGAUUUUACUAAGAAACUUGUUGACAAGAAGAUGGAUGAAAUACAGUCUCAUUUGAUGAAAGGUGAAGAGAUAAAAGGGGAGUACCUGACCUAUCUGCUAUCCAAUGGCAAGCUUGCCACCAAAGAUGUGUAUGGAAGUGUGGCAGAGCUCCUGCUGGCUGGAGUUGAUACGACAUCCAACACCAUGACCUUUGCCUUGUAUGAGCUGUCUCGGAACCUGGCAGUCCAAAAUGCUCUUUAUCAUGAAGUACAAAGACAGCUGCCCAAUAAGAAGAUACCAACCGUUGAAGAUAUCUCAAACAUGCCUUUUCUUAAAGCUGUCAUCAAGGAAACUCUGAGGAUGUAUCCAGUUGUUACUACCAAUGCCCGAAGCAAUGUUGAAAAAGAGGUGAUGAUUGGUGGCCAUUGGUUCCCCAAAGAUACGCUUUUUGUAUUGUGCCAUUAUGCUAUAAGCCACGAUGAAGAAAUUUUUCCAGAACAUUGGAAAUUCAUACCAGAUCGUUGGUUAAGAGAUGGUCGGACCAGACCUAACCCAUUUGGUUCAGUUCCGUUUGGGUAUGGCGUGCGAGGGUGUGCUGGUCGCAGGAUUGCUGAGCUUGAAAUGCAUCUGUUGCUUGCACGGAUAAUCCAGCAUUUUGAAAUACUGCCUGAUUCAAAGAUGGGAGAGAUUAAAUCACACAAUCGCAUUGUCCUGGUGGCUGACCGGUCCGUCAACUUGCACUUUGUGGAAAGGCAUGAAAGAUCCUUGUUUAAUUCCAGCCAGGAUUCAGAUUCUUCUAUGCAUAAACAUAUGGUGGGAUAAAAUAGGCAGUGGAAGGAGCGUAAGGAUAAUUGGUUGCCAGUAAUGUCUUCCCUCUAAUAUUGUAUAACACUGUGUUUAGAUGACAAAGAACAACAGAUGACACACUCAUAUUUCUAUCUAUCUAUCUAUCUAUCUAUCUAUCUAUCUAUCUAUCUAUCUAUCUAUCUAUCUAUCUAUCUAUCUAUCUAUCUAUCUAUCUAUCUAUCUAUCUAUCUAUCUAUUUUGUCUCACAAGUGACCUUAUGAUGAUGAUCAGUUUAAUAAGUUUAACUUAAUACAGAAGAGAAAAUAGCAGCCAUUGAAAAAAACUCAAAGUCGCAUUAUUGAAAAUUUCACUUGAGUGCAGUUGGUCUGCAAAUCUGGCUGGUAUGUAGCAUUUUACUUUGUCUUUGGCAUUGAUAACACAGUUUGUAAAUGUGAAACAAUAUUCCUUGUUUUCUACCUCAUAAACCAACCCCAUACCCCAUUUUUUAGUGAGAUUCUCAGUAGCCAAAUUGUCAACGAAAUUAAUUUUAGUGUCAAUUUCCUAAAACUCUAUGCGAAUACAAAGUUCUCUGUUUUGCUUGUCACUACUCGGUUUUUGAUUCCUUUAAAGAUUGAGUCCCAGUUCAAGGCAGAGGAGGAGUGCAGUUCUUAAUCCCACCGAAAUGAAAUUGCAACAUGCUUUUUUAGCAACAUCUCAGAGAUGCGCAUACAGCAGUGAGACAGGUUUUAAUUGAAAGCUGGAUGUUGAAUCAAAAUUGAAAAAAGAAAUAGAUGAGAUAGGGGAUGAUAGAGAGCUGCCACACGUUUUGAGCUAUAGAUAAAGACAAAUGGUGCAAGAAGGUAGUGAAAAUGGAGUAGGCAGAUUUUGAUGAAGUAAAACGCUUAACUGUGUAAACCUCUGCACAGAUCACCACAGCUGAAGGAGAAUGUAAUAUGUCAAAAACCAAAGCGACCCAUUAUGUGACAGCCUGUAAAAAGGGUAUUCCUUAAUAAUGUGACACUUAAAAUAUUUGUUCCUUUAGAAUCUUUUGCCCAUUUGAUAUAGAACCAUGCCUUUGUGUAGUCCGUACUACAAUUUUCAUUUUUUUUGGAUAAUGAAGUUUAUUAAAAUUACACUUUUACCUUUUCCACACAAGUUGUAGUUUAGAACUAGCAUACUGAAUGAAAGCAGUAGGUAAAUGAAUACUUGGCCUACUCCAUAGAAAAAAGCGAUACAGUGGCAUUAUGGUUG